AUGGCCAUUUUUACACCAGAUCUGCGACAAGUGUCACCAUCGAUUUAUCUCGACCCUAACACAAAGAUUGACACCAUCAUUCACAUUGAAAAAUGUCCUCAAGGAAAGAUUCUCGCCAAACAAGACAUUUUGGAUGGAGCAUGGAUUUGUGUGGAUGAACCCUAUAUUCCCUAUGAAACCAUUAUUGCUGUUGCCUCAAUUACUUCCAUUGUAGUAUUUUCAUUAUUUCUUCUUGCCAUGUAUGCAUUCAUUCGACUCAUUAGAAAUGUUGUUUCCAAAUUGAAACGACUGGAGAGUAAGGAAAAAGCAGAAAAGCUCGUGGAAUCUAAAUUGUUGGAAAAGAGAGUCGUUUUAAUGGGAGACGGAGAAGAAGAUAUUCCUACUGAUAUCAGUGCUAGCUGUGAAAUGCAACCUCCUUCAAAUUUCCACACAGAACAAUCACCCUUACUCGCAGUCAAUCAAGGUCAUAACGAGAGAGAUCAGGCAUCAUCACAAACAACAUCAGGUGGCAACUCCACAAAACGAAGUGUCUCUUCCCAUCGCCAAAAAACACAAGAAUAUUCUCAAUGGGUAAUUCCAAUUGAUGAGAUUGACAUUUUGAAACGACUUGCAGAUGGAGCGAAUGGAACUGUGUAUUUGGCAAGUUGGAACGGAACUAAGGUCGCAUUAAAAUCGCUCAAACAAAGAGACGAAUCUAUGGAUUCUGCAAAUGAUGAUGAUGAAUUCGAACGAGAAGCCUCUCUACUCGGCAGUAUCAGACAUCCCAAUAUUGUACAAUUUUUGGUGUCAUUCUUGCGGGAAGUAACAAGUAUACUUGUUGUGGAAUAUGUGGAGAGAGGAAGUCUUGAUCGAUUGAUCUACAAUUUGAAAUUUGGAUUUGACAAGUUGACACUCUUUCAAAAAAUUGACAUUUUAUACGGAGUUGCAAAAGGAAUGCAUUAUUUACAUACGUUGAAGCCAAAGGGAAUUAUUCAUAGAGAUUUGAAACCAGGAAACAUUUUGAUUGAUAACAAUCUCACAGCGAAGAUUUGUGAUUUUGGGCUUAGUAGGGCGUUGACCGAUUCAAAUUCUGCAACUACAAAUAUUGGCACGUUGUCCUACAUGGCUAAUGAAAUGAUUGAAGGAAACUCCAACUAUAAUCACAAGGUGGAUGUCUACAGCUUUGCAAUCAUCAUGUGGGAAUUAUUCUUUGAGGAAACUCCUUAUCUGAACAAUUCGAAUUGUGAAAAACUUUACAAAUUUAUCGAGCAACGUCAUGACGAUACUUCGAGGUUUAACGUUAUUGUGAAAGUGUUGAAAGGGGAGAGACCAGUGAUACCUUUCCGAAACAAUGAAGAAAUGAGAGAAUGGAUUGCCACUUAUUUGAUGGAGCAAAAUUCUCAAACCUCCAUGGAGAUUUUGUGUGAAGUGACACAAGAAUUCAUUUCAAUCAUGACCUCCUGUUGGAAUUGCAAUUAUUUGGAAAGACCUGAAUUUAGUGAGGUGUGUUCGAGACUUUCAAAAUUAUUGGAAUGGACAAAAUAA